AUGAACCAGCCCGGGGGGAUCUAUGGGUGGAUUUAUGGGUGGAUCCAUGGGGCGCUCUAUGGGAUCUAUGGGUGGAUCUAUGGGGCAAUCUAUGGGAUCUAUGGGGCAGGAUGGAUCUAUGGGGCGAUCUAUGGGAUCUAUGGGUGGAUCUAUGGGGCAAUCUAUGGGAUCUAUGGGGCAGAGCAGAUCUAUAGGUGGAUCUAUGGGAUCUAUGGGGCGCUCUAUAGGAUCUAUGGGUGGAUCUAUGGGGCAGGGCAGAUCUAUGGGAUCUAUGGAGCAAUCCAUGGGAUCUAUGGGGCGCUCUAUGGGAUCUAUGGGGCAAUCUAUGGGGCAGGGCGGAUCUAUGGGGCAAUCUAUGGGGCAGGAUGGAUCUAUGGGGGGCUCUAUGGGAUCCAUAGGUGGAUCUAUGGGGCAGUGCAGAUCUAUGGGAUCUAUGGGGCGAUCUAUAGGGUCUAUGGGUCAAUCUAUGGGUCAGGGCGGCUCCCGAUUGGAGGAGCAGGUGCGGGAGGGGCGGGGCCUGGCGGCUCUGGGGGGGUGGGAGCUGCUGCGGGCGCUGCUGGUGCUGAGUCUGUGCGCACAGCCCUGGCUGGAGCGGGACCCCGAGAGGCUGCUGCGUCUCUCCCGUCUCCUGUUGGGUCCGUGGUUAUGGCGGGCGCUGCUCUCGCUGUCCCUCUGGGGCCAUUUUGCCGUGGGUGACGCUCCGGGGGCCGUUCAGAGCCUUUCCCGAAAGCUGCGGACGCGGGGGCUGCGGCCGAUGCUGGCGCUGCCCAUCGAGGGAGACGGGAGUGACACAGAG